AUGGCGGGGUCGACGCGGCGCCCGGGGGCGCGACGGGAGCCGGAGCAGGGCGGAGCGAAGCGCAGAGCGGGCUGUGGGCAAGCGGCAGGGCCGGGGGCCGGGGGCCGGGCCAGCGAGGCCGGGAAGGAGUGUCAGGGCUGGCGGGAUGACGGUGAGCUGCAGGCAGGCACACUUUCUAAAAGGUUUCCCAGGGUAACCCGCAGGCGGCGGUGGUGGUGGAGGUGCAGGUGCUGCAGUUGUGAGGCACCUGACCCGGCUGCGGGCCCGGGCAGGGCGUGGCGAGACGGAGGUGACCGCACUUUACCUGCGCCCACAGGGGCCGUUUUCACCAACAGCUCUCUUGGCAGCGUGCGCUCCGAGAAGCGGUGCCGUCGUGGUCUCACCAUAGCUGCGUCCCAGUGCAAGCUGGGGCUGGAGGCGGGCGGCGCUGUGUCUGGCGUGGAGCCGGAGCUGUACAAGCGGACAAGGAGUUCUGAUGCUCUCGGGUCGGGGGAUGGCCUUGGGGAGCACGAGAGUGUGCCCAAGGCGGGGAAAUGCGGGAUCUCACAAGAAGCCGACGACCAGAGGCGAGACUGCCGGGCCUUCCUGAAGCGCAGCCAGCUGGGCCGACGCAAGGGAGAGGAGCAGGCACAGCGAGAGGCUGAGCCCACCCAGCGCCUCAGGGAGCAGCAGGAACAGGCCGGUGCCGUCCCAGUGGGCAGCCGCGGUGGGAUGCGGGCACCUGGGCAGCCCCCUCGCCCGGGCACCGUCACGUACGGAGGAGUCACAGAUUUCAAGCCUUGCCAAUGGAUUGGCGUCCGCUGUGAUGAGCCACCAGGGGAGAACAACGGCAGGAACUGAUAAAGGGA